CUCUAUGGUCGGACAGCUGACUAACAACAACUACCGUCUGUUGAGGUGUCGUGUCAAAUUGAGUUGGCCGAUUAUUACAGAAUUCCAAUAUUUUAUGUUAAUACUGUUUUUUCUAGAAUUAAUGUUAUUAUUAAUCACUAUUUCCUAAUAUAAUGCUGUUCAUAUAUUUCAUUUUUGCUCUUUCCUUUAUUCAAAAAAUCUCAGCAUAUUUCAUCACUGUUGAUGCUCAUGCUGAAGAAUGCUUCUUCGAGAGAGCAGAAAUGGGAACUAAACUUGGCCUUAUGUUUGAAAUAUCGGAAGGAGGGUUCCUGGACAUUGACUUCAAAAUUUUGGGACCUGAUAAUAAUAUAAUUCAUAAAGGUGAACGAGAAACUAGUGGAAAGUACACAUUUGCAGCCAAUGCUAAUGGUAUCUACACUUAUUGCUUCAGCAAUAAGAUGUCAACCAUGACCCCCAAGGUUGUAAUGUUCAAUAUGGAUGUGGGAGAGGCAAGAAAGGAAGAAACAAAAGAAGAAGGUAACGAAUUACAUGAUAAAUAAUUUAAUGAUUAUUAA